GCACCCACAGUAGAAAGACGUGAGUGUCGGAUAAAAGACGUUUGGCUCGGCUGCUAGACGAAAGACAGAGAAGUGCCUGGGAGACUCGUCACGUAGCCGGCUUCACUCUAGUAUUGUCUCCUGGAAAACGGACAAGGAGAAAGAAGGACGUUUCUACAUAUUUUUACAAAAUAAUCGGAACUACGCAACUACGAUUUUCCUUCAUUCUCCGAGUUAGCCGUGUAUUCGAAGGCUUGCCCUGCGCAGGCAGACGGAAAUCCGUUGAAAAUGCCUCCUGUCGAAAAUGACACCGGGAAGAAUGAACUAAAAUCCCGGAUUCAGCAGCUUAUUGACUCAAAUCAAGUGAUGGUUUUCAGCAAAAGCUACUGCCCGUAUUGUACGAAGGUGAAAGACCUGUUCACAGAGUUGAAUGUCAAGUGUAACGUGGAGGAGUUGGACCUCAUAGAGGAUGGAACCAGUUACCAGGAGAUGCUGCUUGAGAUGACUGGACAGAAAACAGUUCCUUAUGUCUUCAUCAACAAGACACACCUUGGUGGUUGUGACAACACAAUGCAGGCUCAUAAAAAUGGCAGCCUGCAGCAGCUACUGGGUUGUGACAGUGAAUCAUACGACUACGACCUUAUCGUCAUCGGAGGAGGAUCUGGAGGCCUGGCCUGCUCAAAGGAAGCUGCCCUGUUGGGGAAGAAGGUCAUGGUGCUGGACUUUGUCGUGCCCACACCUAAAGGGACUACCUGGGGCCUUGGAGGAACUUGUGUGAAUGUGGGCUGCAUUCCCAAGAAGCUGAUGCACCAGACGGCUCUGUUGGGCACAGCCAUGCAGGAUGCACGCAAGUAUGGCUGGGAGUUCGAUCAGACAGAGAAACACAACUGGGAGACGAUGAGGACGGCAGUGAACGACUACAUUGGCUCAUUGAACUGGGGUUACAGGUUGUCACUGAGAGACAAGCAUGUCAACUAUGUCAAUGCCUACGCAGAGUUCAUUGAACCACACAAAAUCAAGGCGACAAACAAACGAGGGAAGGAGACAUUUUACACCGCAGCUAAUUUUGUCUUGGCUACGGGCGAGAGACCACGCUACCUGGGCGUUCCUGGAGACAAGGAGUACUGCAUCACCAGUGACGACCUUUUCUCGUUGCCUUACUGCCCUGGAAAGACCCUGGUGAUCGGGGCGUCGUAUGUGGCUUUGGAGUGUGGUGGCUUCCUAGCUGGCUUGGGUCUUGAUGUCACCAUAAUGGUCCGAUCCAUCCUGCUGAGGGGCUUUGACCAAGAAAUGGCCAACCGUGCCGGAGAGCACAUGGAGGAACAUGGUGUUAAAUUCCUCCGGAGAUUCGUCCCUGUCAAAAUAGAGGAGCUGGAAGCAGGUGCUCCUGGAAAGCUAAAGGUGACGGCUAAGUCCACAGAAACUGAUGAGAUCAUCGAGGGAGAAUACAACACUGUGUUGAUAGCUGUGGGCCGUGACGCAUGCACUGACAAGCUUGGUCUGGACAAGACAGGGGUCAUGGUCAACCCUAAGAAUGGCAAGAUUCCAGUGAAUGAUGAAGAGCAGACCAAUGUGCCUCACAUCUACGCCAUUGGAGACAUUCUGGAGGGCAAGUGGGAGCUGACACCUGUUGCAAUCCAGGCUGGCAAACUGUUGGCACGACGCCUCUAUGCAGGAUCAAGCCUCAAGUGUGACUACAUCAAUGUGCCCACAACUGUUUUCACUCCACUGGAGUAUGGUGCCUGCGGACUGUCGGAGGAGAAAGCUACGGAGCUCUACGGACAGGGCAACAUUGAGGUGUUCCACACUCUGUUCUGGCCUCUGGAGUUCACUGUGCCCGGCAGGGACAACAACAAGUGCUAUGCCAAGAUCAUCUGCAACAAACUUGACAAUGAUCGAGUCAUUGGGUUUCACUACUUGGGUCCCAAUGCAGGAGAGGUGACCCAGGGUUUUGGUGUAGCCAUGAAAUGUCGUGUCACCAAAGAACAGCUGGACGGCACCAUCGGCAUCCACCCAACCUGUGCUGAGGUCUUCACCACUUUGGAAGUGACCAAGAGAUCUGGUGGAGACAUCACCACUGCAGGCUGCUGAGGUUAAACCCUGCUAGUUUAGCAGGCUGCUCUCAUCCAGAUCCUCACUUUACUCAGCACUUGUUUCUCAGGACAAACCAAACAACACAGCAAGUGUCUGAAGCAGUGAUCGUGAAGAAUGUAGAGCCCAGACUGUGGAUAUCUGCAGCUCAGGCUCUGUAAGUGUGAUAUGAGAGCAGCCCGCUGAACAGUGGGGUUACUUCGCUGCUGUUUUUUUUGUUUUUUUACCACUAGCCUCCUGUGUGAUGUUCUCAGAGGAGCUCCAACACCAGUCUGUGUGUGUUUGGGCUGUUUGUGACGUCCUGGCCCGCAACCGCCAAUGAGGUGGGCAAGGAUCGAUGUCCCUCUGCAGCAGCACCUGAUGGCUAACCUACCCCCCCCACGCACGCACGCACGCACGCACGCACGCACGCACGCACGCACGCAUGCACAAACACAACCCCAAACCCGCCGCCCCUUUGUCCUAACCCCAAAUGUAAAACACUUGGGCUUAAAUUGACUUAAAUGAACACACAGAGGGUUGGAAUGGAUGCUUGGCUCUGAGGUUAUUGUAACCUCAUUAUUUAAGUGAGUGGUUGUGUGGGUGGGGGUGUGUGGAUUAAAUGUAGGGAUGAAUUGAUACCAAUAUCACAAACUUGAGUAUCUACUGAUAUGGGAUAUCAGUCUGAUAGUCUUUAUCUCAAACAUGAAGCUUCAACAGCAGACACGUUCAGCUCUCUUAUUCUGGUCACAUGGUGGCACAUGUCUCUGCCUCGGCCUCCAUACAAACUCACUCACUCACUCACUUUUGCCAUCCCCAGCUGACAAAGGCCCAUUAGGUCUGAGCAAUUUAUCGAAACUAUUGAUUUUUCUGCCAUAUUUGCUUUAAGUCUAUAAUGUGUUAUUAUAGAUUUAAAACAAGAUGAAGCCUUAUCACAUCAAAUUAUUAACAGCUAAUGCAAGAAUGAGAACUCUUGUUUCUAACGUGUAUGUAAUGUUAAAAAACACUAAUUGUAGUUCUGAUUUGAAAAUGAGAAAUUGUUCAGUUCCGAUGUUCUCUGUGCUCAGUGAAGCAUUUUUGUGAUAAUUGUGCUUUCAUAUCAGAUCCAGUGAUUUUUGACCAGUACCAGGCAGAUACUAAUAUUUAAUAUUGGAUCCACUCGUCCCUAAUUAUAUGCCAUCUUGUCUCAUUAUUUCACACAUUCCUCUUCCUGGGUCUUUAUAUAAAGCUUUGCUGUCUUCAUGUGUCAAUAUCCAAGUCAUGGAGAACAUAUAUGUCUUGAUUUAAAAAAAAAAUAAUAAUCUGCACAGAUUAGGAGCCAGCGCAUACAACACCUCAAACCCUCUGCUGUAUAAAAACAUAUGCCUUCAUUUCAAAGCUUAUUUGUUGAAUCUUGCUGUCUGCCUCUGCACUAUCUGUAUGUUAAUGAUGUAUUCAGUCUUCUAGAGGAUACUAUUCUGACGGGUCAUCUGUAUAAACAACUUGUUUGUUGGUGUGGAGCCACUGGAGCUUAUGUUUCUCUCAAGAUUUAAUAAAGGAAUAGUUCACCAUCA